AAUCAUUAUUUGUUAGCUCCUACGUAAUUUACUACUUUCGAUACUUAUUCCUUGAAAUUUGUGGUUUCUCCGUAAACUUGUAAGAUUUUUUUAAAGUUUUGUACUGUUGAAAUAGAUUGUUUUCCGGACAGUUUCAGGACGUUACUGUGUCGUAAAAAUGCGGUCGACCAUUGUAUUUCUCACAACAUUUAUUCUGCCAGUUUGUUUGGCCGAUAACAAUUGUUUAAAAGAGGAGGGAUGCGACUGCAUAAUAGCGGGAACAUGGCAGAAUGAGCUAGGAUCUAAUGUUACAUUUACGUGCAAGAAUGGUCAACUUGAUGGUAAAUACAACUCAAAAGUUGGGGAAGCCGAGGACUAUUACACUUUGUCAGGGAGGUACACAGUUUCCGGUCCAAAAAACGACGUGGUGGAGCUUGGUUGGGUUGUCGCCUGGAAUAACAAGAAAUUUGGCAACUCGCAUUCAUCAACUUCGUGGUCAGGCAUAUAUUAUCCUGAUGACAAGGUCAUCCGUACACAGUGGCUGCUAACUAGGUAUCAAGAGCACAAAGACUAUUGGAUGACAACCAUGGUCAAUCAUGACGAAUUUAAACGAAUACACUAAUAUAUGAAUUGUUCAUGGCUCUGUAAUGCAAUCAUGGAAAUUGCAAUUUGAAUAACAUGUAAACGUAUUAUUUUACAAAGAUUAUGUCUAUAUAAAUUUAGAUAGAACACGCUUAAAGAUAUAUUAUUAACAACAUAUUGACCAUAAAUAUUGUUUAAAUAGUACUUGAAUAUUUUAGAUAAUGUAUACAGGUCAACCCGCCUAGCAGGAACACACUGAUACUUAAUUGGUCAAUGAAAAGUUCCUGUUAUUGACGUAUAGAAUACAUAUUUUCAUUUCUUUUUGCUUUCACUUUAUUUCUGUUAAACAACAACUUAAAUAUUCUAAUAAUAUACAUAAAAUCUUUCAGUAUAAAAGCUCAUUUUGACUUCUGUUUUUCA